UACACCUAGGCACACUCGGCCGCUUGCUUGACGGGAUCGCUUCUCGAGACAGAAUGAAACUUGAGGCUAACCCCGAAAGAUUAUGCCAGAUAAGAGAAGUCGCCUGCGCCCGCAAUCAAGACUAGAAAGUCAAUACUAGAGCUGACCGCUUUCCGCAUUCGACUCAUCAACGUCUCGGACGCAGGAGAAAAUGUCCAAGAAGGACGAACUCCACUAUCUCACCGGAUUCGGCAAUGAGUUUGCCUCUGAAGAUCCUCGCUGUCCAGGAUCACUACCUGAAGGACAGAAUUCUCCUCAGGAAUGCCCGUACGGUCUCUACGCCGAGCAGCUCUCGGGAACCGCAUUCACGGCGCCGAGAGAAACCAACAAGAGAAGCUGGCUGUACAGAAUUCGUCCGUCGGUGCAGCAUUCCCCAUUUUCGAAGUACCCGAGUAACACCACCACCGACUGGAAUGCCAACCACCCGAACCCCAACCAGAUGCGCUGGAUGCCUUUCGACAUUCCGGACCAAACGAAGGGCGAAGUCGACUUCGUGGACGGACUGAACACCAUCUGCGGCGCUGGAGACCCGAAAACACGUCACGGAAUGGCCGUUCACAUCUACUGCUGCAACAUGUCCAUGAAGGACAAGGCCAUGUACAACUCUGACGGAGACUUUCUGAUCGUGCCACAGCAAGGUGGCUUGUCCAUCCUGACUGAGUUUGGCAGACUCCGUGUGGAGCCCAACGAGAUCUGCGUGAUCCAGCAAGGCAUGCGCUUUCAAGUGUACGUCUCCGGGCCGAGCCGGGGAUACGUGCUAGAAGUGUACGACAACCAUUUUGUUCUACCGAACUUGGGACCCAUUGGUGCCAACGGACUGGCCAACCCGAGGGACUUCAAGACGCCGACGGCCUGGUUCGAGGACCGGGAAGUGAGCAACUUCGCCAUCGUCAACAAGUACCAGGGCUUCUUUUUCAAGGCCACCCAGGACCAUUCUCCCUUUGACGUGGUGGCCUGGCAUGGAAACUACGCGCCCUACAAAUAUGACCUGGACAACUUCAUGACCAUCAACACGGUUUCCUUCGAUCACUGUGACCCUUCAAUCUUCACCGUGUUGACCUGUCUGUCAAUGAAACCUGGAACGGCGAUCGCCGACUUCGUCAUCUUCCCACCACGUUGGGCAGUGGCAGAGCGUACCUUCAGGCCUCCUUACUACCACAGAAACUGCAUGAGUGAGUUCAUGGGUCUCAUCACCGGUAAAUACGAGGCCAAGGAGAAAGGCUUCCAGCCCGGCGGCGCCACCCUGCACAGCAUGAUGACUCCUCAUGGACCGGAUGCCCAGUGCUACGAACAGAACAGGAAGGGCAAGUUGGUCCCACAGCGCAUCGCCGAGGGAUCUAUGGCGUUCAUGUUCGAGAGCUCGCUGAGCAUGGCGGUAACUAAAUGGGGCGAGAGCGUCUGCGAUAAGCUCGACCUGGACUACUACAAGUGCUGGCAGGCCAUGGCCAAGAACUUCGACCUCAGCUGGAAGCCUGUCAAGCAAGAGUAGAUGCACGAAGAACGGCUUUGGUUCUCCAUACAGCCGAGACGAGACUUCGCCACUUUCGUGCAUAAUACUCUUCCGCGGUUAACUGCCUUCAGAUGAGCAGAAGCAACGGUGCCAUAUAUCUGCUGCGUUUUUUGUACAACCGAGCUCGAAAGGAUGCUAUCAAGGGAUCGAAAGUGGUGUCACUGGAACCGUGAAAUAUGAAAUAAACAAAUAUCGACGGAUCGAACGGA